CUCUGUCUAAUGCCAGGGAAAAUGAAUAUCUGUUAUGACUGAAAAAAAUCAUAUAGUUUGUAAUGAGAUGUGAAAAGCAUGAAACUGUAAAAGUGCCAAAUGCUCUUGUCCCUUCACUGACAUGAACACAGGCAGAUGUGUGUUCCUAGGAAGACUCACAAUGAAGCUUGUGGGUCUUUAUGGGGUGCUAAGGUAUACAUGCUGUGCAACGCUUCCCGCUGUAAUAUCCAGGUUUUAGAUGCUUAUAGUCUGGCAAAAAUUAGGUUUGGGCUGAAAAUUUCCAUGCUGAGUGUCUGCCUCAGGCUGAAUGUAUCUUUUUAUUUAUUUGAAAAUAUCAACCAGAAUGGUUCAUCUGGUUCUGAGAAUGGGGUAAAAGAAAAAUGCCUUAUUUUGCCCAUAGUAAAAAGUUAUGGUGAUCUUUUUCUUUGGGAAACUUUAGUACCCUCAUGUUUAGUAGUCAGAAAUUUGGCAAGGGAUUGCUUUUGCAUUAGGGGGCAUGGUUUUUGUUGUCCCCCUGAAAAUCCACCAAAUUUCGGUCAACCUGUAAGCCUUUCAAAAAUGUAGCUUGCACAUGCUCAAAAGAAAAUUAAUAACAGCUCAAAUUCCAUCCUUUUCAUGGGGCAUGCUCAAACCAAGGGCUAAAUGGAAUUUUUUUGGGGGGGGACCCUCCAAAUUUAGCUUUAUACCCUGCCUCGCUCUUUCAAACACUGUCCCCCCCACACCCUUCUGCUUAUACUUCAUAAAAGCAACUGGAAGCUUCAAAGUGUAUCGUGCUGGGAUGGGGCAGUUGUGGCAGGAGGUGCAGCAAAGACACUUCAGCUUGGACGCACACCUUGCAGUGACUCAUUGCUAAUCUGGUGUGCAAAUGAGCCACAGCUUGUCCUGUGAGCGCCCUGCAGAGCCCUCUGAUUGAAGAAGAUAAUAAGCCAUAAAGACAGAUUGAGUCAGUAACAAGAGAAGUGGAACAUUAACCACCUCAUCUCCAUCAGUGGUCCAAGGAUCACGUCUUUAUGGAGCCUAGCAGGAGAUGGAGAUACCCACUUGGAGGGACCUCCUCUUCUCGCAGCUAGACUCGGUGUGCAGGAGCAGCAGGCAGGCAGGGGGAUGGCGACACCGUGCUCACGAAGGGCUUUCAGAGGGGGAUGAGCAAAGAGAUCGGCAAACCAGUCCAGCUUCUCAGCCCUGGGCGAGUAGGAGGAAGCAGGACGAGAUGAAAGUCCCGCUGAAGUCCCAGAAAUCUUGGAUUGAAGGAGUCUUCAGUAAAAGAGAGUGUGCAAAAGUCAUCCCCAGCUCAAAAGACCCACACAGAUGUCCUGCAGGAUGCCAGAUAUGCCAGAACUUAAUCAGAUGUUGCUGUGGACGGCUGAUUGGAGAUCAUCCUGGGAUAGAUUGUAGUUUGCCUGUCUACCAGUCUAGCAGAGACCAGGGGAAUGAAGAAUGGUCUGUCCAAAAGCAUACACAUACAAGUCCUACUGACUCAUUUGGAACAAUCAAUUUCCAGGAUGGAGAUCACACUUACCAUGCCAAGUAUAUUAGAACCUCUUAUGAUACCAAGAUGGACCAGCUAUUACAUCUGAUGGUGAAGGAAUGGCAGAUGGAGCUGCCAAAGCUAGUGAUCUCUGUUCAUGGAGGCAUCCAAAACUUCAAACUUCCAUCCAAGAUCAAGCAGGUUUUCAGCAAAGGAUUGGUCAAAGCAGCCGAGACAACAGGAGCAUGGAUAAUAACAGAAGGCAUCAAUAGUGGAGUAUCCAGGCAUGUGGGGGAUGCCUUGAAAGCUCAUGCCUCUCAGCAUUUGAGAAAGAUCUGUGCCAUUGGAAUCCCUUCCUGGGGUAUCAUUGAGAACCAGAGGGACCUGAUUGGAAAAGAUGUAAUUUGCCUAUAUCAGACUCUCAGCAAUCCUCUUAGCAAGCUGAGCACCCUCAAUAGCAUGCAUUCCCAUUUUGUACUAGCAGAUGAUGGCACUGUGGGCAAAUAUGGCAAUGAGAUGAAGCUCAGAAGGAAUCUGGAGAAAUACUUAAACCUUCAGAAAAUACACACCAGAAUGGGCCAAGGUGUUCCAGUGGUUGGACUAGUGGUGGAAGGAGGCCCAAACGUGAUCUUAAUGGUUUGGGAGUAUGUGAGAGAUACUCCUGCGGUCCCUGUGGUAGUUUGCGAGGGCACUGGCAGAGCUGCAGAUCUUCUGGCUUUUAUUCAUAAGCACACAGCAGAUACUGGAGACUUAGCCCCACAGCUGAAGGAGGAGAUCUCAAUAAUGAUUCAGAACACCUUUAAUUUUGGGCAGCAACAGUCCAUUCAUUUACUACAAAUGUUGAUGGAGUGUAUGGCAUACAGAGAAUCUAUAACCAUAUUUGAUGCAGAGUCAGAGGAGCAGCAGGACAUUGAUUUGGCAAUCCUGACAGCACUCUUGAAAGGUACAAAUAUGUCUGCAUCAGAUCAGCUAAAUUUGGCAUUGGCAUGGAAUAGACUGGACAUUGCCAAGAAACAUAUUUUGGUUUGUGGACAAGACUGGAAGGUUGGCUCCCUGGAACAAGCAAUGCUGGAUGCUUUAGUGAUGGACCGAGUGGACUUUGUAAAGUUGUUGAUAGAGCACGGAGUGAAUCUGCACCGUUUCCUUACUAUCUGUCGACUAGAAGAACUCUAUAAUACAAAACAAGGACCAACAAAUCUACUUUUGCAUCAUCUUGUUCGAGAUGUAAAACAGAGCACCCUUCCUUUGGAUUAUAAGAUAUCAUUGAUUGAUAUCGGGCUGGUGAUAGAAAAUCUGAUUGGUGGAGCUUAUCGAAGCAGCUACACAAGGAAACAUUUCAGAAUUCUGUACAACAGUCUUUACAGAAAACGCAAGAGCGUGGUCUCCAGCUUUGCUCAGAGCCUUUCUCGUCACUCCUUUUGCCAUAAUAACCAGAUGGGUAGCAGAGUUGGAUCUGCUGAAAACACCUUGCAUUCUCAGUUCAUCAGAACAGCACAGCCAUACAAAUACAAGGAAAAGACAACUGCUUUUCAUAAGUCUAGGAAGAAGUCAAAAGAUGAACUCAGUUUCUUAGAGGACCACGAGUCAGCUGGCUUUGUGUACCCCUAUAAUGACCUCUUGGUUUGGGCAGUGUUAAUGAAAAGACAGAAGAUGGCAAUGUUCUUCUGGCAGCAUGGAGAAGAAGCCAUGAUCAAGGCAGUCGUGGCUUGCAAACUCUACAGAGCAAUGGCACGUGAAGCCAAACAGAGCAACAUGGUGGAUGACACCUCAGAAGAACUGAAGAAGUACUCAGAUGAAUUUGGACAGCUUGCUUUAGAUGUGCUGGAUAAGGCAUUCAAACAGAAUGAGCAGAUGGCCAUGAAACUACUGACCUAUGAGCUGAAAAACUGGAGCAACUCAACUUGCCUGAAACUGGCCGUGUCAGUGGGGCUGCGGCCCUUUGUGUCGCACACUUGCACACAGAUGUUACUAACUGAUAUGUGGAUGGGACGCCUGAAGAUGCGGAAGAACUCCUGGUUUAAGGUCAUUCUAAGUAUUCUUCUGCCUCCUACCAUCUUGAUGCUGGAAUUUAAAAGCAAGGCAGAAAUGUCUCAUGUGCCGCAGCUCCAGGACUUUCAUCAGUUCACAUGGCAUCACAGUGAUCAGAGCCCAUCCACUACUAAAGAUGAGUUUUCUCUGAAUUAUGAUGCAGAAAAGGGACCCGAGAAGCCAGACAAAAGCCAGACCUUUUCCAUCAACAGUGGACAUGGAAGCCUUCCUGGGAUUAGAAAAGUCUAUGAAUUCUACAGUGCUCCAAUUGUCAAGUUCUGGUUUCAUACGAUGGCGUACUUGGCAUUUCUCAUGCUCUUCACCUACACUGUGUUGGUCAAAAUGGAAUCCAGGCCUAGUGUGCAAGAGUGGCUUGUAAUAAUCUACAUUUUCACGACUGCCAUGGAAAAAAUCAGGGAGAUAUUUAUUUCAGAGCCAGGAAAGUUCAGCCAAAAGGUGAAGGUGUGGAUUAAUGAGUACUGGAACUUCACUGAUUCCAUAGCUAUCAUCCUGUUUGUGACUGGUUUUGGCUUGCGCUGGGUGGAUCCUCCUUUUCAAACAGCAGGAAGGCUAAUUUACUGCUUGGAUAUAAUAUUCUGGUAUGCACGGCUCCUUGACUUCUUUGCUGUAAAUCAACAUGCAGGCCCAUAUCUGAUGAUGAUUGGGAAAAUGACAGCAAACAUGUUUUAUAUUGUGAUUAUGAUGGCAAUAGUGUUGCUGAGUUUUGGGGUAUCACGAAAGGCAAUUCUUUCUCCAGAAGAGCCUCCCACUUGGACGCUUGCACGAGAUAUUGUGUUCCAACCCUAUUGGAUGAUGUUUGGUGAGGUUUAUGCUGGAGAAAUAGAUGCAUGUGAACUAAAUGAAGACUGCCCUCCUGGGUCCUUCCUUACGCCAUUCCUCCAAGCCGUAUACCUUUUUGUACAGUACAUCAUCAUGGUCAACUUGCUGAUUGCUUUCUUUAAUAAUGUUUAUUAUGACAUGAAAUCCAUAUCAAACAAGCUCUGGAAAUACAAUCGUUACCGCUACAUCAUGAUGUAUCACCAGAAGCCAUGGCUGCCUCCACCUUUCAUCAUUCUGAGCCACAUCGGCCUCCUCAUAAACCAUCUCUGCCACCAUCGUCACCCAAAUGAGCUUGAUCAAGAGGAAGGAGACGUUGGACUAAAACUGUACCUGAGUGAUGAGGAGUUAAAGAAACUUCACGAAUUUGAAGAGCAGUGUGUGGAGAGAUACUUCCAUGAAAAGAGUGAAAGUUUGCAUUCCAGUGAUAGUGAAAGGAUUCGCGUGACAAAAGAAAGAGUGGAGGAGAUGUUUUCGCUGCUGAAAGAAGUGCAUGAGAAGGUGUUCUACAUCAAAGAUUCUUUGCUUUCCCUGGAUAGCCAAUUAGGACACCUGCAGGACCUUUCUGCCUUAACUGUCGAUACCCUAAAAGUCAUUUCUGCUGUAGACACGUUGCAAGUGGAAGAGGCCCUGCUGGCUGAUACAAAGCAUCGAGCCUGUAGGAAACUACCACAUAGCUGGAAUAAUGCCAUGUAUUCAAAAGCUUUGAGCAGCUUGGAAUGUUUGAAUGACAAGAAUCAUAACUACUACAGCAUGCCUCCUUCUCUUCUAAGGAGCUUGGCAAGGAAUCAGUGGCCAUCAGAAAGCCAUGGUCAUGUUGUUGAAUCUAGGGACAUCAAGGAAAUGAAGAUAGCAGGCAUUCAGGAGCAGCAAGAAAUAGAAAGUGACACACUCACCUCUGGGGUAUCCUCAGAGUGUAAAUCAACCCCUAGAUAUGGGCAAUUCCUUUUGGUCCCUACUGAGCAUGAGGGAGCUGCUUUCUCUGAAGAGGUCCACUUGAAUUUGUCCCUUCCAAGCACUCCUGCCAACUAUAGACAAGAUGAAUUUGCAGCUAAGCCACAAAAUAACCACAGUAGCACUGUGCUGCACCAAAGUUUGCAGAGUACCAAUCAAACAGAAAAAAAGGCAGAACAUUGCCAAGAGAGACAAUGGGACUCUAUUAUUCAGUUACCAUCUGAGAAGGACGAUGGGCUGGUAGUGGACCUCUCUGUGAAUCCCCAGCCUUCUGCCAUUGGCAAGGAGAGCUCAGUGCCCGCACAUAGCCACAGUGAGGAAGCCAGAGGUGGUUAUGUGAACUGGGGAUUCUCUGAAGGGGAUGAAAAAGGCGUUUUAUGCAGUGAGGAAAGGGAGCAAUCAUGCAUGCAUUCCACCUGCAACAGUGACUGCAAUUGCACCCGCAGUACCUCACAGCAUGUCCAGAUAAAAGCAUCUAAGUCCUUCUCUUACAACUCCCACAAAUCAGGUUAUGAGAGUGACACCUCAGAGCCUGAGCCCUUGCACCAGCGCAGCACCUCCUUCUGGAUCAACCCACUCAGGAGAGACUGGACUUUCCGCAAGAGCAGCAGCUUUCAGUUUCACAGAGGAGAGAAAGUAGGAAAAACCUGCAAAACCAAAGAGCUGUCAAAAUCGGCUGAGCAGAUCCAGUCUGUGUGGACAGAAGCAAAGCAACAGAACAGUGACAGACAAUCGCAGAAGGACAAGAAGAAACAACAAAUGCUUCAGGUGCCAGUAAGUCCUGGUAUGAUUACAGUGGAUGGUUGUCCCCAGGGCACCCAAAUGAGUUCGGAGCCAGCAGAAAGCUGUUUCGUGGGUGAAGAGACAUACAACAAGAACUGGCUAGCUGUAUCUAACUUCAGUCCACUAAGUUUGGAGCGACUCCGUUACAUGCACCAGAAAAUGAAAAAUCAAGAAACUGGUAGGCACUCUUUGCAAUUCUGGGACUCUCUGAGGCAAUGGCAAGAGGAUUUGAAUAAUGGCAUAAUUGGGACAACCACGAAGAAUAAUCUGAGCAGGAAUUCCUCGUCGAGAAGUUCAAACGGGGUCGACAAAAUCUCAGUCUCCUUGAAAACACCUCAGGACCUGCACCAUCAUUAUUCCGCUGUUGAAAGGAACAACCUAAUGAGGCUUGCUCAUACUAUACCAUUUACACCAGUCCAGUUCUUUGCUGGAGAGGAGGUGACAAUCUAUAGGCUAGAAGAGAGCUCGCCUUUGAACCUAGAUAAAAGCAUGUCAUCCUGGUCACAGCGUGGGAUGGCUGCGCUGAUCCAAGUCUUGUCCCAAGAGGAGAUGGAUGGAGGCCUCCGUAGAGCCAUGAAGGUCAUGUGUACCUGGUCUGAGAAUAAUAUAUUGAAGCUGGGACAAAUCUUCAUUGUGAAGUCUUUUCUUCCUGAGGUGGUUAGGACGUGGCAGACAAUCUUUCAGGAAGGCACAGUGCUACAUCUUUGCCUGAGGGAAAUACAACAGCAAAGGGCUGCUCAGAAGCUGAUCUAUACCUUCAACCAAGUGAAGCCACAGAGCAUUCCAUAUUCCCCAAGGUUUCUGGAGGUUUUCUUAAUAUAUUGCCAUUCAGCCAAUCAGUGGCUGACCAUUGAGAAAUACAUGACGGGUGAAUUCCGCAAAUAUAACAACAACAACGGGGAUGAGAUAAUCCCCAGCAAUUUGCUGGAAGAGAUGAUGUUGGCCUUCUCUCAUUGGACCUACGAGUAUACCCGAGGGGAGCUCCUUGUUCUGGAUUUGCAAGGUGUGGGGGAAGACCUUACUGAUCCAUCUGUUAUUAAACCUGAAGGCAAGCAAUCUGGAGGGAUGGUGUUUGGACCAGCAAACCUAGGGGAACAUGCAAUUAAAAACUUCAUUGCAAAGCACCGUUGUAACUCCUGCUGCAGGAAGCUGAAACUUCCUGAUAUGAAAAGAAAUGACUACACUCCUGCAAGGCUCGAUCCAGCUGUCAAAGGGGAGACACAAGCAGGAGCAAGAAGUGCUGUUGCUACUGAAGACAAGCCUCUGGAAAAUUAUACCCGUUUAUGAGCAAGUAGGAUGGCGUCUGGCCUUUAGAGCCCUUGAAAACACUCCUUACUUAGUUUUGUCACCUGUCAGUCUAAGAACAAAAUGUAGGGUAUAGCUAUACUGUACCCACAGGGUAUGACCGUGGGUUGAACAGACAUUUGUGAGCUAGCAGGUCCCAGAAGAGUGAAACGGUGACAGCAGGAGUUUCAAUGUGGCUUGCAUGAGCCUGCCUCGAACCUUGGCUAGUUAUUCAUGGGGAAAGCCCACAUUACUAUAGGUUUACCAUUCUGGCACCCAGAUAAGAUGGAGAGUGUAUAUCUCCUCAAGCUACAAUCACUCCCUUUGAUUAUAUUAUAGACAUACCCAGAAAUGCAUAAGAGGGAAAUUGCUCCAUCGCUUAAUAUCCUAUGGGCAAGUGGGACACAUGUUUUCCAAAGGAAAUUCUUAGUUACACACCUCAGUGCACUGAUGUUUUUUUUUUUUACUUGAUUCCAGUGCAGCUCAGUAAAGAGCCUGGACCAAGGAGCUGCCUCACCUGCUAACAAAGUUCAUUUAUACUUCAGUGCCUUAGCUGAAAAUAUAGUAUGAAGCUGAAUGAUGUUUAUUUUUUAAAAGAUGUAUUUUCCCAAUUAGGAAUUAUAGGGUGCUUAUUUCUCUGCUACUUUACGUGAUUCCUGCUUUCAGUAAAACAAAGCAUGUAUGCAUAUGUAUAAUUUUAUAGCUGUAUAUGUGGCCCUCCUGUGUUCUGUGUGGAGAAAACUGGAAAAAUAUUUUGGUGAUUCUGUAGUACAAGCUGGAUGACGUGAAAGGCCAUCUGAAAACAAAGAGAAAGAACCUUCAAUGUAUGUAGGUGCCUAAAUCCCGCAGGAUUUAAGUGCUGAAGUACUUCCCGAUAUCUGGGCUCGUGUGUUUGAGUCACAUAAACAAGAGUCCCCAUUCUGAGUGUUUGGGAGGGGACUGCACUGUGGAAGAAGGGACUAUUCCUGCAUUCUUUUCAUAUCCCAAAAUCCUAUUAGAGUGAAAAAUGGAGGUGUAACAAAACUGCCCGUCUUUCCAAUUU